CAGAGAGAGGCAGCGAGAGCGAUCACGCACAUAUGCACACACGCUGCCUUGAGUAUAGUUAGGAUAAUGUAGGAGGAAGGGUUGUUAGCAGGAUCUGCACACCCUGACACAGCUACAAGGGGCAUAACAUUAUGGGGCUGAAGCGCUGAAUCAAUUAAUGCUUGCUGGCUCUUUUCCAGCCAAGCCCCCACUCAUUAAUUUCCCUGCUUCCAAGCGCUGGAGCUGCAUGCACUGGAAUGAGUCAGUCAGCAAACAAUGGGUAGCAGCAGACUGCAAGUUUUGCUAAUGAACAAAGAAAACUGCAGUGAGACCGUGCUAAUCACAUAAGUAAAAUCAUCAGGAGAAUCAAAGAGGAAGGACAGAAAAUAAAGGACAUCCUUUCUUUAUCUUUUAUAAAUGCAGCAAGAACGAUUCUUUUCCUGCAUUCAAGAGCUGGAGAAAGUGCCUGGGUGAGGAAGACAGCUUUCCCCAAAGAGAAACUCAUCAUCUUGGUGUUAAAAGAAAUGCUAAGUGCUAAACAACCGCACAACAAGAGACAACCUUUAGAAAUAUAAGAGACGCAAAUAAACCAACAACCGGCUUUCCAGAAAACAGUGAAAAACCUGAUCUUAAAAUCCACCAUGUGAUGAAAAAGAAGAAGAAAUCACAGAGGAUCUUCCCGGAUACAAAUGAACUCUACUGGAACACAAGAGAAAAAGUGGUGAAAGAUGGGAGCUACUGAACUGCUUACUAUUCUCAGCUAUUGAAUUCUCUUCUAUAAUCUUCUGAGAGCUGAACCUCGCUAUACAGGGACGUCAGACCUUCAGCCCUAACAGCCAGAGAUGGACACAAGACGGGACUUGGGUUUUUAAGACCUCAUCACACCCAGUGAGGCAUGGGAUACAAAAAUUCGGAUCCAAGCUCUGACACAGUUACUGUACCUCAAAAUAGCAGAUGACCAGUUUACCAUACUGACCAUGCUGGCCUUUCCUCGGGAUCAUCCUGGAGCAGAGAGGCACACUGAACUCUUGCACCGUACGCAACUCCUGCACAAAACACAGCUCUCGGACACAUCCUGCUGGGCACAAAGAUGCCCCAUCCUUUACGUUUCUUGAAUGGGUCUGGAGCUGGCAAUGGAUCUUUGUCACCUCUCUCGGUAACAGAACCCAAAGAGAAUUACCCGAACGAUGAGCAAGGAAACAAAGUGUGCUGGGCAGCACUGCUGAUCCUGCUGGUGAUCAUCCCCACCAUCGGUGGGAACAUCCUGGUUAUCCUGGCGGUAUCUCUGGAGAAAAAGUUGCAAUAUGCCACCAACUACUUUCUAACAUCCCUGGCGGUGGCGGAUUUGCUGGUGGGACUGUUUGUGAUGCCGAUUGCCCUUCUCAUAAUACUCUUUGACAACUCCUGGCCUCUUCCAACUGCCUUGUGUCCCAUUUGGCUGUUCCUUGAUGUCCUCUUUUCCACAGCUUCCAUCAUGCACCUUUGUGCCAUCUCACUAGACCGCUACAUUGCGAUAAAAAAGCCAAUCCAGGCCAGCCAGUACAACUCAUGGGCUACAACCAUCAUCAAAAUCAUCAUUGUUUGGCUCAUUUCAAUAGGCAUUGCUAUUCCAGUCCCUAUCAGAGGAAUUGAAGAUGGAGAUGGCAACUCUACAAAUAUUACAUGUCUUCUGACGCCUGAUCGCUUUCAUGACUUCAUUCUAUACGGAUCAGUGGCUGCGUUCUUCAUUCCCCUUGCUAUCAUGAUAGUCACUUACUUUCUGACAAUUCAAGUGCUACGCAAGAAGGCCUAUUUGAUCAACAAGCCACCUCAACGUUUCACUUGGUCAACAGUGUCCACAGUAUUUCAGCGUGACGCUACACCUGCCUGCUCACCAGAAAAGGUGGCCAUGCUGAAUGGCUCUAGGAAAGAUAAGACUCUGACCAAUGGUAUGCCCAUCUGUAGAAUGUCUACCAUUGGGAGGAAAUCCAUGCAAACCAUAACCAAUGAACAAAGGGCAUCAAAAGUGCUUGGAAUUGUAUUUUUUCUUUUCUUGUUGAUGUGGUGCCCGUUCUUCAUAACUAACAUAAGUUCAGUCCUGUGCAACUCGUGCGACAAGGAAGUAUUUCAAAAGCUCAUGGAGAUAUUUGUUUGGAUAGGAUACGUAUCCUCAGGAGUGAACCCUCUUGUCUACACACUCUUCAACAAAACAUUUAGGGAGGCUUUCAGCAGGUAUAUCACUUGCAACUACCGGACCACAAAGACUAGUAAGGUCCUUCGGAAGUGUUCCAGCAGAAUCUCUUUCAGAAAUUCUGUGACAGAAAAUUCCAAGCUCUUUGUUAUGCACGGGAUGAGAAAUGGGAUUAACCCCAUCAUGUACCAGAGCCCAAUGAGGCUGAGGAGCUCACCCAUCCAAGCAUCAUCAGCCAUUCUGCUGGAUACAUUGCUGCUCACAGAGAACGAAGCUGACAAAACAGAAGAACAAGUAAGCUACGUAUAGAGGAAUGACAGCUGUGACCACAUUAUAGUGUUACCAUCUCUAUUACUCUCGGUGACUGUGCUGUAAGAGAUUAUAAGUACUAUUGUUUCAUUUAUGCAAGCAAUAUCUUAUAAAUUUAUAAGAAUUCCUCUCCUCCGAAGUCUCCUCUACUAUAGCCCCAAACCUUACAGUGGCAACUUCAUUCCAUGAGAAACUAUGACUAUAGCAAAACUGUAUCAUACAGAAAGAGGGAAAUAAAUAAAAGCUAAAACAGUGCGAGUAUCUGA